GUCUCGUUCUCUUCCCUUCCAUCACGCUGUUGGCCUGGACAUUGGAUCGAACUGAUCCCUUGCCUACCAACAACCAAUUCCUCACUUCCCGCUUCUUUCGGCGCAGCCUCCCUGAUAGACUGAUGCCAAACCUUUCACUUUUGGGGGGAAAGCAAAAGGCCCAAAGUCUGAUAAUCAGUUUGACACCAGCUCUCCGAUCUAUCCAUUCAGUUGCAACCGACAUAGCUUCGCGGCAGCCACGAGAAGGCACCACCGAUCAUCUCGCACCUCGCGCUCGACCCUUCGACGUCCGCCAGGCACUCACUCUCUUACCAAGUUCCCGCCGGAUCCUCCACUGAGGCCGUUUACCAAGACCACUGGCAGAUUGGUGCGGUUGCGUUGCACAGCUCCUGCCUGCAUCUUCCAUGUGUCCGUGUUAAGCUGCCCUGCCAUUGCGUUGAGCUAGGCGCCAGUCAGUCCUCCCUCACCAGGGACCACUGACCAUCAUCUCCAGACCUGCAAUCUCUUUGUAAAGUCCCACCUGCAAUUGCUCGCCAAACAAACACUGCAGCGUCACUUCUCCGCGAAAGACGGCACUCCGCAUCGUGCAUGGCCAUUUCCGAUUCGAGGAUCAUGUCGUCGCCGUCGAAGAAACAGCAUGAGAUAGAGGUCGUGGCCGAUAGGGUGCUCAAGAGGGUCGAAAUCAGUAGGAUGGUCAGAAGACUUCAGAACCGCCUUGCCCUAGCUCAGUUCAAGACAAAACAUGGCCUCGAAGACCUUACCCUCGACAGUAUCGAGCCCAGAUUCGAAAAGGAGCUGCGUCGAAGCAGGCUCCUCGAUGGUGAUAUCUUGUCCGACUCCUCCUCCAGCGCUUCCGAUCUUCCAUACCCUACGCGAGCCCUGAUGAGCUCACCACUUAAGGCUCCCGUCUUCUCUGAUGCCAUCGGAUCCAGCAACGGUAGCUCGGGUCAUCGCAAGCGCUCGUAUCUGGCAUCCUUCGAGUACGACCCAAACAUGUCGAGUCCGAGCAAGAGGUUCCGCCAGUCACCCACCGCUCACCGUUCUUUCACGUAUGGCAGCCACUCAUCGUGGAAAGACCACCACGACUUGACUCAGUCAUCGCCCAUGAAACCCCAGCGACAACGGCAUUUUACUACCUCAACAGGCCCCAACGUGGCCUUGUUUGAUACCUCGAGACAAAUGACCAAUGUUCUGGCCUCGCCUGGCUACGGUGCCAAUCCCUCGGACGAUGAAGACGACCCCCCCGUACACUUGUUUGCACGCUCUCACGUGCGGGUAUCGCCGCCAAGGACGCCGCCGAUGCGCACUCGCAAUGUUCUCGGCGCAAGAAAGAAGGAAAACAAACCGCCCUUGCCCACCAUUCGAAGGCCUCUGGGGACGAAUACGUCGAUGGGAGGCCAGCAAACCCAAGAAAAGACAAACGAGGAGGGUGCGGAUUUGCUUUUAUAUCUGGCAGCCUCGCCAUCUCCUGCCCGUCCGACCAAGAGACGAUUCGACAGUAACAAUCAUGUUACCCACAACCACCACUUCCUGAUGGAGCCGCCAUCAACCCCACCACCCAAGCACUUGGGCCUUCUGAGCAGCAACAGGUUGGCGUUGCCCUCGUCCAUGAUGACCACACCUGGGGGCGGAAAUCCGUUCCCCAAUACUCCUGGCCUUGGCUUCGACUUUUCUGAUUUCGUUCACAUGACGCCUAGUCCGGCGCAGAAGCCUUGGAAGACGCCGCUUAGUGUUUCACGGAGGCAUCUCACGUUUGAUGAACAGUCUUGAUGUUUACGAUUUUUUUAUUUUUUUUUAUUUGGUCUUCUCUUGGUUUGUCUUUUUCUCAGGUCCAAUACCCCCCCCCC